AUGUCCAACUCGACCGAGUUUCUCCGGUUCACGGGCCAUCGCUCCUUUGCCAGACGGCUCACCAUCUCGGCUCUGACAGGCCGACCAGUGCAUAUCUCCAAGAUCCGAAGCUCGUCGCCGACGAAUCCGGGCCUCGCGCCCCACGAAAUAUCUUUCCUCAGACUGCUCGACGCCAUCACCAACGGCAGCUCCGUGCAAAUAUCCUACACUGGCACCACCGUCACCUUCCACCCUGGUCUCAUCACGGGCGCCAUUGCCGGCCAAGGCGCCGUGGACGGAGACGUCAUCGAGCACAAAAUCCCCGACACCUGCACCAGAGGCAUCACCUACUUCCUCCUUCCGCUCUGCCUCCUCGCGCCAUUCUCAAAAGCACACAUGAACGUGCGCUUUUCCGGGUCCGGCGUCAUCACUUCGGCCACGGAAACCGGCGACGUCUCGGUAGACACCUUCCGAACCGCGAUCCUCCCGCUCUUUGCGCUUUUCGGCAUCCCACCUGCCAGGAUCGAACUGCGGGUCCUGCAAAGAUCCUGCGCGGGCCCGGGAGGCAAGGGCGGCGGCGGAUGCGUGGAACUCCGGUUUGCCAGCCAAGUCCGGCUACCAAAGACGCUCCAUUUGAACCGCAGCCCUGGCAGGAUACGGAGGAUCAGAGGCGUGGCCUACAGCACGGGCGUCUCUGCGUCCAACAACGCCCGCAUGAUCCACUCGGCGCGCGAGAUCCUGAACCAACUUGUUUCGGACAUUCAUAUCGCGGCGCAGUACGACCAAGCGCCGUUGGUACCUACCGGAGACAAGGCAGGAAGCAAGCGCCGACUCGGAAUCGGCUUUGGGCUCAGUCUGGUUGCCGAGUCCAGUGCCGUGGGUGUGCUGUACUCUGCAGAUGCGGUGGUUCCCCCUUCUGGCGGUGUUGUUCCAGAGGAUCUGGGAAAACGGUGCGCCUAUCAGCUGCUCGAGGCCGUUGCGGAAGGAGGGUGCGUCGGUCAAGUUUCGGCGAGUGCAAUGUUGAUACUCAUGGCCAUGGGAUCCGAGGAUGUUGGGCGAUUAAGGAUAGGGAAGAGAGUGCUCGCGACAGAAGACAAUGUCGCAUUGGCUAGAGAUCUGAAGGUUUUCGGCGCAAGCAGCUGGGGCUUGCGAGACGUCGACGACGACGAGUCUGGAGAUGUGAUUGUUUCCGUAAAGGGCACAGGCGUUGGUAACGUGGGAAGGAAGAUUGCCUGA